AUGGGGGGUAUGUUUGUGCAUGGGGACUGGGUGGAUAUGGUGCUGAUGGGGUUAGGGUUUCUGGGUGCCUUUUGCGACGGAAUAUCGAUGCCUUGCAGUCUCUUCCUCUCCGCCAGGCUUAUGAACGCUAUCGGAAACACUCAGAAUUCUUCUUCAACGGCUGACACUUUUACUCGCACUAUCAAUAAGAAUGCACUGUAUAUUACCUACAUUGCUUGCGGGCAAUGCGUCGCCGCCUUUCUUGAGGGAUACUGUUUCUCAAGAACAGCAGAAAGACAAGCUUCAAGGCUACGAACAAAAUAUCUGAAAGCUGUAAUGAGACAAGACGUCGGCUACUUCGAUCUAAAUGUAAACAGCACUGCAGAGGUCAUUCAAAGUGUCUCCACAGAUUGUCUAGUAAUCCAAGACGCCAUUGGUGAAAAGGUUCCAGUUUUCGUGUCGUGCAUUUCGACAUUCAUGGCGUCCUAUGUGGUUGCAUUCACAAUGCUGUGGAGACUAGCCAUUGUCGGGUUCCCAUUUAUAGUGUUUCUGAUAGUACCAGGUGUGAUGUAUGGAAGAGCCCUUAUGAGCAUUGCAAGAAAAAUCAAGAAUGAGUAUAACAAAGCCGGCGUAAUAGUCGAACAAGCAAUUUCUUCGGUCCGAACAGUUUAUUCGUUUGUCGGCGAAAGCAAGAUCAUCAAAGCAUACUCUGAUGCUCUUCAGGGGACAGUAAAAUUGGGAAUGAGACAAGGCAUAGCCAAAGGUUUGGCCAUUGGUAGUAAUGGGGUAACCUUUGCAAUUUGGUCUUUCAUGUCUUAUUACGGCAGUCGAUUAGUCAUGUACCACGGCGCUCAAGGAGGCACUAUCUUCACCGUCGGAGCAUCAAUGACUAUUGGUGGAUUGGCGCUCGGCAUAGCUUUGCCCAAUCUAAGAUACUUUGCCGAGGCGAAAGUAGCUGCAGAACAUAUAAAGGAGGUCAUUGGAAGAGUUCCUAAGAUUGAUUCGGACAACAUGGAUGGCCAAAUACUACCAACUGUAUACGGACAAGUUGAGUUCAAACAUGUCGAAUUUGCAUACCCAUCGAGGCCUGAAAGCAGAAUCUUCGAAGACUUCAAUCUACAAAUCCCGGCAGGGAAGACAGUAGCAUUGGUUGGAGGAAGUGGAUCGGGAAAGUCGACAGUUGUUUCUUUAUUGCAAAGAUUCUACGAUCCUCUUGGCGGAAAGAUACUCCUCGAUGGCAUCGACAUUGACAAGUUGCAGCUUAAGUGGCUAAGAUCACAGAUGGGGUUGGUGAGUCAAGAACCGGCCCUGUUCGAUACCUCAAUCAAGGAGAACAUACUUUUUGGUAAGGAAGAUGCAUCCAUGGAAGAGAUUGUUGAAGCUUCCAAAGCUUCCAAUGCUCAUAACUUCAUCACUUUGUUACCUGAUGGUUAUGACACUCAGGUCGGCGAGAGAGGAGUACAGAUGUCCGGUGGGCAAAAGCAGAGGCUCGCCAUAGCCAGAGCCAUAAUUAAAGCUCCUAAAAUCCUUCUACUCGACGAGGCCACCAGUGCUCUCGACUCAGAAUCCGAGCGAGUAGUCCAAGAGGCUCUCGACAAGGCAGCAGUCGGUCGCACGACCAUUAUCAUAGCUCAUCGCCUUUCCACCAUCCGCAAUGCUGACCUUAUCGCCGUGAUCCACAAUGGCGAGGUCGUGGAGAUUGGUUCACACGAUGAGCUAAUGGAAAAUGAUUCCGGACACUAUGCAAUGCUUGUUCAUCUACAACAGUCCGAGAAAAUCGAAGAGUACACAAAUCCUAACAGCCCCGGACCUUCUUCAUCCCUCGUGAACUUGUACAUUCACAAAUUGAGUCGCAGAAGUACAUCCACAGUUAGCAGAUCUAGCUCAACUAAUAUGAAUGGCGAUGGAAUUUCUGGAAUAGGGACUGGUGAUCAAGUAUUUCCUAGGCCUUCAAUGAGACGAUUAUUAGCCAUGAAUUCGCCCGAAUGGAAGCAAGCUACAUUAGGAUGCAUCAACGCGAUAUUAUCCGGUUCGAUUCAGCCCCUUUAUUCCUUCGCAAUGGGAGCAAUGAUAUCCAUUUAUUUCUUACCAAGUCACGACCAAAUCAAGGAGAAGACGAGGAUGUACUCUCUAUGUUUUUUCGCAUUGGCAGUAGCGUCCUUUUUGAUCAAUGUCGUUCAGCAUUAUAACUUCGCGGCGAUGGGGGAACACUUGACAAAGAGAAUAAGAGAAAGAAUGUUGUCCAAAAUGCUCACAUUCGAAAUCGGAUGGUUCGACAAAGAUGAGAAUGCAACCGGCGCUAUAUGCUCUAGACUAGCAAAAGAUGCCGGUGUGGUGAGGUCUCUGGUAGGCGAUCGGAUGUCGCUGCUUGUCCAAACCUUCUCGGGAGUAAUCAUCGCGUGCACGAUGGGACUUAUCAUCGCAUGGAAACUUGCAUUAGUAAUGAUCGCGGUGCAGCCGGUGAUCAUCAUUUCCUUCUACUGCAAACGCGUUCUGCUAAAAAGAAUGUCUGAAAAGUCGAUGAAAGCUCAAGAUGAAAGUAGCAAGCUUGCAGCUGAAGCAGUCUCGAAUCUCCGGACCGUCACAGCAUUCUCUUCUCAAGCUCGGAUACUCAAAAUGCUCGAGAAAACCCAAGAAGGGCCGCGAAAGGAGAGCAUACGACAGUCAUGGUAUGCAGGCUUCGGACUCGGGACUUCCCAAGGUUUCAUGACACUCACUUGGGCUUUAGAUUUUUGGUACGGCGGCAAGCUGAUCGGAGAAGGUUCCAUCGGGGCGAAGGCAAUGUUUCAGACCUUCAUGAUCUUGUUAAGCACGGGACGAGUCAUAGCCGAUGCUGGAACAAUGACGAAUGAUCUUAACAAAGGUGCUGAUUCAGUCGGAUCCAUUUUCGCUGUCUUGGACCGGCGUUCCGAGAUUGAGCCGGAUGAUCCAGCUGGUAUCAAGCCGGAAAGGCUAACAGGGCACGUCGAGCUUCGGCACAUCGAAUUCGCAUAUCCAGCUCGACCGGAUACAAUGGUGUUCAAAGGCUUUUCCCUUGUGAUCGAAGCAGGGCAAUCUACUGCACUUGUAGGCCAAAGCGGAUCCGGAAAAUCGACCAUCAUAGGCUUAAUCGAAAGAUUCUACGAUCCUCUCCGAGGAAAGGUUAAAAUCGACGGCCGGGACAUCAAGACAUACAAUCUGAGGGCUCUAAGGAAGCACAUUGCCCUAGUCAGUCAAGAGCCGAUGCUAUUUGCCGGCACGAUCAGACAAAACAUCGUAUACGGAGCAUCUAAAGAGAUCGAAGAAGCUGCGAUCAUCGAGGCAUCCAAGGCAGCAAACGCUCACGAUUUCAUAUCGGGGCUUCGAGAUGGUUACGACACUUUCUGUGGAGACAGAGGAGUGCAGCUGUCCGGAGGCCAAAAACAGCGGAUCGCCAUUGCUCGUGCCAUCCUUAAAAAUCCGGCAAUCUUGUUGCUAGACGAGGCGACGAGCGCGCUCGACAGCCAGUCGGAGAAAAUUGUGCAGGAAGCGCUGGAGAGGGUGAUGAUCGGGCGGACGAGUAUUGUGGUGGCGCACAGGCUGAGCACUAUACAGAACUGCGCCAUGAUCGUUGUGAUGGACAAAGGAAAAGUAGUCGAAAAGGGAACACAUUGGUCGUUGCUGGCGAAAGGAUCGAAUGGAGCGUAUUAUUCGCUGGUUAGUCUUCAGAGGACGCCGGCGGGAAACAAUCAGAAUACGAUCGAAUAAUAAUGAAGUGUUCGUUAUCGUCGAAUUCGUCUGAUGCUUAUAUACAUAUAUAUAUAUUAUAUAUAUAUGUAUAGGUGAUGAAUUUGGGGUCUUUGAAGUUUGUAUGGUGUUUUUUUGAGAAAGGUAGGUUGAAGAAAUGUAUAUCCAAUUAAUUAUCCUAUUAUUUUCGGCAAUGAACUUUAACUCUAUUAUUGUUGUUUUACCUU